UUGCGCCAAAAGGUGUUUAAUACAUGGGGGAACACGUGUGCCAAAUGUAAUCGCAGCGACCUGAGUGCAAACCAUGGGCAGAUUUUGGAACGGGCUGUUAAUGGUGCUGAUGCUGGCGGAUAUUUUGGUCAUGGCGCUGGCGCGUAAAGAAGGCAAAGCGCGGAGGUGUAAAGUGGAGAGCAAGGAGAACCCGCAGCCGCAGCACAAUGCCACUGCUUUCCAGAUCCCCCUCGACCCCAUACUAUCCGGAGACCACACAGCCGGAACCGGAGAACCCGAGGUGGACUUCGACAAGGCCAUAGAUGACAUGGUGUCCCAGGUGAGGAACAAUCCGGCUCUGUCCAAAAGCAAGUGUGUGGUGGACCGCCAUCUGUGGAUGUCCAACAGCCGGAGUCUCUCCCCGUGGUCAUACAGGAUUAAUCACGACGAGAACCGCAGGCCUGUUGACAUACCGGAGGCCAAGUGUGCAUGUGUGGGCUGCAUUAACCCCUUCACCAUGCAGGAGGACCGUUCCAUGACCAGCGUGCUCAUCUACGCCAAGAUUCCUGUGCGGAGGCUGCAGUGUCCCCGCAAGAAGAAGAAGAAGUGCGUGCCGCGUUUCCGCACCGUGGUGGAGAGCAUCGCCGUGGGCUGCACGUGCAUCGCAGGGUGACCACCAAACUAGGCCUAAAUCUUUUCGAACUCUUGCUCUGUUCACAUGUUUUUAUUAUUAGGCCUACUGCUGUUCAUGUACAUAUUCAAAGUCAAGUUAAUGUACUAAACCUAAAGAGACGUACAGUGUCUUACUACACCAGAGCAACUAUCUGCCUAUCAGCUUGUCCCAAUUGAGUAUUGUUGUUGUUGUUGUUUUUGUUGUUGUUUUUCUUUAUAUUGGUUAUAACAGCCUUAUUAUUAGCCAUCUAAUUGUUUAGUUAUUACUUGUUAUACAGUAAAGCCAAGUUAAGUCAUUUUUCUCUGUUUUGUUCCAUAAGCAGUGACUUAUUGAGGCAACGUGGAAGCUACUCUUUUUUUUUUAAUCUAUUUGCUAUUCUUUAGGCCAUAAGGCCAAAUGCAGUCGUAUUGUAUUUCUUUCCUGUUGAUUGUUAUUUUUAAAUGGUAUCUCACAUGUAAGCAUUUGUGGACCUGAGAUUUUCAUAGUCAUCUUUACA